UGCUGCAGACAAUUUUGUGACGCAGAUAAAUUCGGAUUCCUUUUAUAGCCUAUGUUGAAAUCACCUCAGUAAAUUUUAACAUUGUAGUUGACAUUAUAGUGGAAUAUGAAUUGCAAGCAUUUGCAUGAACCCAAAAGGGCUGUUAAUUGUAUGUUUGAUGAUGUUGAGCCAUUUUGAAAUUCUGUAAUUGCCAAAAACUUUUAUCAUAAGAAUCACAAUAAUUUUUAUAUUUGUAAUUACAUAAUAUAUAGAAUCACAUAAUUUGUAAUUUUUGAUAACCAAUGUUCACAUUCAUAGUACGAAAUUGUCAAAAGAAUUCUUGUGACGUUUUUGUGCGCACUCACAGAACAUUUUCUCUGAGGAAAUCAGGCUUAGGUUGUUAGAAAAUGUCCUGUUGCCUGUCGUUGCGAGAACCCAAGCCAUUAGUAAAAUUUGAUUGAGAAUUAUGUUGGCCUGCUGAGUCUCUAAGUAGAAAAGGUCUUAGCUUUGGGAAGUAAACGAGGAAAGAUUGAGCUUAAUACUGAAUACUUUAUAAUAAUUCAUUCUUCGCUCUUAGCAUAAAGUACAACGAAGACCUUUAAGAGAUGCAACUAGCUUAGCUAUUAAUUAUUCAGUACUUCUUUACGUGCUAUAAAGGCUUCACACGUUUCAAAGUUGUCAGUCGUCUCUAGUUCUUACAGCAGUAAAAAAAGUUUACUUGAUUUUCAAUGUUGCAGAUAUUGCUCCUCUUUAGAAAGUGACCGGUUGUUGUGGCUUAUGGUUCAAAUUUACAGAAUGCAGAACACCUCAUUGAAUGAAACUGUUAGAUGUUCUACAGGUUUACCGUUUCCCUGGCCAAAUAGUGGAAAGUUUUACGCAUCAACGAUAACGGAAAUUGUAUUUCUCAUAUCAACUUCGGCUUUUAGCAGCAUUCUUAAUGCCGUUAUUGUUGUCUCCCUCGUACGAAAAGAGCAGCUUCGAACGCCAGCAAACCUUAUCUUAACGAGCAUGGCUGUGAGCGAUUUUCUUGUUGGAUUUCUGUCAGAACCAAUCGCAGUAACUCGUCGCAUCUUUGAUAUUUACGGUUAUCCUUCUUGCUUAUUACAGAAGAUCAAUUUGUUCCUUGGGUCUUCCUGCGUUCCAGUAUCGUUUAUUAAUAUAACAAUAUUUGCUUUAGAUCGGUGUUUUGCAACAGUGUUCCCAUACAGGUAUAUAAGAUACGUUACAUAUAAAAAGUAUUUGAUUCUGGUGCUGCUUGUAUGGAUUGCUAUCGUACUUCUUGCAUUGCUUUCGUCCUUCACUGUAGUUACUCAUGGUUCAGUGCAGUUGAUAUAUUCAUUUCUUUUCUUGACAUCUCUCGUUCUUUGUUUCAUUUCAUAUAUAGUAAUAUACCGUACCAUAAGAUCAUUGACGAAAAGAACGGCUACAGUUGCAAUUGCUGAAAGUAUUCCAAGAAACCGUGAUUUAAAAUUGGUUGACAAGGGGGUGCCUCACAACUUAAAUCAAGAUGCUACUUCAAAAAUUGAAAGAUUUGAGAUCAGUGUGGUGAACAACGAAGAAGGUGGAAGCCCAGCCGCUAUCACUACCAACAUACGCAAUUUAAAAGGAGAGAAGUCAAGGUGCUGGACGGCAUUCAUUCUAUUAAGCGUCUUUUAUCUGUCUUACUUGCCACAUUUCAUCUUAGGAAGGGUUUUUGAGCGGGUACAAGUAGAUGAAACUUCAAAGUAUAUAGCCAGAUUCUGGACGAUCAAUAUCAUUUUUCUUAAUAGCUCUUUGAAUCCAAUCAUUUACUGUGUAAGGGUACAAGACAUUCGGCUUCAGUUGAAAGCUACAGUAGCAGCUUGCUUCUCUCUAGUCAGACCAGCUGGAGAACUUUAUUGACUCAUUAACUUCAGCUGCAAUUCGAAUGAGUGAAACAAACGAAUAGACGGGAAUUCGAAUAACAUUGAACGAUGGGGGAAACAACCGAUGUUUGGUCUCGUUAAAUGUAAAGCUUUUUGUGAGCUGUAUUUGUGACGUUAAAAAUAUUAUUGUUACGACGGGGCUGCCUUCAGCUGUUUCGCGUUGAUAUUUAUAGACAGACGGACUCAUCCUCAAGAGGUUACUUUAUCGUGAUCAAACCAAAGAACGGAUAUCGUAGUUGUUAAAGUUUGGGUGUUGAAAACUUUUGAAUAAAAAAGGGUCUUUAUUUUAUCGUAACCGUUUCGUUUCAGUUUGUUAAGAAUGGGGUAGAAUAAUUCUAUAGUUAAAGGUGAUCAUCACCUAGGAAGUAUAUUAAGUAUCCUUCGCCAAGAAUUUGGUUCUCGGUGUUGAUAGUAUUAUGAACUAGCUGUGAGGUAGUGAUGCCUAUACUGUCCACUAAGCCGGGUUGAGAAAUGGGGAUGGAUAGAAGUGUUGUCAUUUAUUGUUUUUGCAAGAUUAAUUUAUUCUGUAACUUUCCUUGUUCAACUGACAAAUGAAGAUUUCCAAAAUGCAUAACGGCUGAAUGCAGAUGUUUUGAAGAUGAGCCGAAUCUGAUAACGUCUAGUUGCUUUGAAAGUAAAACGUUCCGACAACAAUUCUUAAGUUAGUGCAAAGAAGAUUUGAUUAGGCUCUUGAAAAUGUUGCUGAACAAAGGAAUUUUUAUUUAGAAAUGGUCCUUUUUUGGCCAAAAGUUUCUAAGCUUAGGAACUAGCAAACUUUCCCUUAAAGGAGGUCAAAAUGGAAAUCUUCAAAGUGCUGGACAAAAUUGAAUUUUCAAGCUUUGGACCGAAUUUUGUUUCGAGAUCAAUCAGUGCUAAUGUUUUUAUAGGACGAAUUAUUCAUUCUUCUGAAAUUGAUAAAUUUGAACAAAUAACAUGCCAAAAAAAUAUUUGCUUUCUAUCAGCAUUGGUAAAAAACCUAGCUCCAAGGACGUCCUUGUGAUCUGAGAGAGAGCUGGAUGCAAAGAAUUGAGCUUUUCUUUGAAACUAUAACAUCUCUGCUUUUAGCUGAUAAUGGCUAAAGUGUAGUCGACAUAUUUAUAAUAGACCACCUGUUUCUGUAUAUAUGGUCAAAAGUCUGUUUUCAUAACAGCCAACAAAAAUAUUUGCCACCAAUGCUAGACCUAAAUGGCUGUCUUAGCGAUUCUAUUUAAUUUUCGGUGCAUUUGGUUAUCGAAACUAGAUUCAACAUCUUUAUAUGCACUGGUCAAUAGCUCUUUAACAAUUUCCACAGAGAUUGGGGGAAAUUGAGACGCUGCGAUAUAAAGCAUCAGCACAAAUCCAUAUGGUCUCACCUCUACUAGUACUUUGGCAAAAAAACUGCUGAUGUCAAACGAACCCAUAAAGGUUUUGUCAGCCCGUAAAACUAGGUUUUGAAUAGACUGGUUCAAAAAGAAUGAGAGUUUCACACACCGAGAUGAAUAAAGUUUUAGGACCAGGUCUACAAUUGCCGAGUCUUUAGGUAGAAAACGGCAUUUUACCUAAAUAGUGUAAUUGUUUCUCAAAUCUGCCUGUGUAACUAAUAAUGUUGUUCUGACCUUAUACCAUUCCUAAGUACUGUAGCUUUUAUCGAUUCAGUGAAUGGUGUUGGAAGAUCGUAUUUCCUGUAAUGAUUUACUCUUUACAGAAUAGGCUUUUUUGGCUAAGCAUCAAGAAGACGAGACGACGCAACAGUAUGCCAAAACUAACGGUAAUCCUCUUCGGUAUGACAUAUUUCUAUGUAGUGAAACCACUUCCUAUUCCUCGAAACCCAAUGCAUAAGAAUCUUGUAUGCUGCAACACUAUCAACUGACUGUCAUGGCCCAUAUGACUUCUCCCUCCAGCUUAAAUAGAGGCUCUUACAGGCAGAUAUGGGGGGACAUUCAUUAGCUUCCGUAUUUACAGUUUUCAAGAUUUCAGAAUUACAUUUUAGUAAAAAAUGUUCAGAUGGGAGUAAAAUACUGUUGCUGUAAAGAAAAUCUACCAAUGACGUCGAUUGAGAUACUUAAAGAGUUUUGCAACAUGCUUGUAACAUAUUGCACUAUUUUCUGCAUCUUUGUUAGAUAUUUUCGAAAUAUAUAUACACAGUUGUGGAUCGCAAUAGGCCAAUCAGAAACAUGACUGUUGAGGUUGACCAAUCAGCAGUGGCGUAGCUAGCCAAAUAGCAGUGGUCAUGCCCUCCCCUCAAAUUUGAAAAAAUAUGGGUGUGGCCAAAUUUUACCACGCCCAAUUUUUUAGUUGAUGAAUUCCUUUUGGAAAUUUUAAUUUUAAGGCUUGUGACUUAUAAAAAGAAUUGUGAUUAACUUUUGGAAUGAGCUUUUCUUAUUUCAUAGCAAUCAUCUUGUUACACCAUGAAAUGACCUUUAUCUUAUAGCUGUGACACUGUUUUGGUUUGUUGGUAAUUUAUACAGACAGAGUUCUGACAAUUUCAAAACAGAACUAUACAAAAGACAUUAAAAAAACAUUAGUUUAGUAUAGUAGAUAAACUUAGCUUAAAUUAAAAAUUGUUUUGUUCUCCUAAUUUCUUUCAAUUUGCAGGCUGGAAUACAUUUGUAAAUUUUAGAGAUAAGCUAAAAUUUUUAUAUGAAACAAUAAAUCACAUGAAACUGAAUUGGAGCUUUUUGGUCAUCUUUUCCACAAAUAGUCUUAUUAUCAAUCUGUUGAAGGUAUUUCAAAGCCAUCACGAUUAAAUAACAACCCCAAUAGAAUUGAUAGAUGAAUAAAACAAAUUGGCAAAUGAAUAUCCAAUGUAAAUAUUGAUAUGAAAUAGAGGAAGCUAAAAUAAUGGAUAGGCCUAGUUGCAAAAUGUUUUCUGCAAAGUUAGACUUAAUAGAAAAAUACCUUGCAAAAUAAGUUUAGCUUAACAAAAACAUUGAUGUUUCCACAUAUACUUGUGUUAAAUAUCCACAUGAUUGGAUUGUCCUUACUAAAUCUAGCAAACAAGGGUUGUAAAUGAAUAAUUUGAUCUUGUAAAUUUUCAAAUACAUCAAAAGUUGUAAUAGUGAAAUAAAACUGUGUAACUAACAAGAUCAGUAACAUGCUUGACUUGUCUCUGGUCAUUUUAUUUCAACAGCUAUAAGUAGUAAAAAGUACUUUCAACUAAAAGUGAAGUCAGUAGAGCUUUGAGUUUGACUUUAAUUGUGUGUAAAAACAGUGUUAUUGCAUGUGAUAAUAAACAAAAAAUUGAAGAAUAACUUUAAGCAAGUUCUGGCAUUCCCUAUCCAUUAACUAAAAUCUUAUUGUCCUAAUCAUAAUAUGGUAACAAUGCUUUUGAAGGGCUUAACAGUUUCUGAAUAUGCUGCUAAAUGUCUGGAAAGUUUUAAGCUCUCAAAUCUGUUGGUUUGGAAAAUAACACUGCUAUCUCCUCCAUCCAUCUCCAGUGAACAGAAUCAAGAUUUGGCAUUCAUUAAAUCAAGAAGAUUCUCUGCAAAUGUUCAACUUGUAACAAUUGAUUACUGAAAAGGCUGAGAGUUUGGUUUGGUUGCAUAAAAUGAUCCUGCUCGCUGAUUUUAUGUCCAAAAAUGGCCUUUCGUGCCUGUCACUUCUCCACAUAGUGCAACACCAUUAAGGCUGAAAAACCCUGUCGUUGCCAUAAAAUGUUCUUAAGAUUAACAUGAGCCGUGGCUGCUUGGCAAUAAGCUUUUGUUUGCAUUUUACUUACAGAGAAUUACCUCCCAGCUCGUGGAACUAGGCAUAGCAGCGCCGCCAUCGAUGCCUCGCAUUCGCGUUCACGAAAUAACACAGGACGGUUCUGAUGAUUAUAAUGAUGGUCAUGCCCUCUCGAAAUGGCAUGACUAGCCUUUGUUCUCUCCUGCGUCACUCCUAUUGUUAGGCAUGACCAAACAUAGGGAACCAGCGUUAUAGGCAUGACUAAAACACAGUGUUUGGUCAUGCUCAUAGUUAUGGGCAUGACUAAAUUGGAAACCCUCUGUUUUAGUCAUGCCCAACAAUAGAAGAGCGCCUUCGGAGGGCUCCAUAUUCUUGCGUGGAACCAUAGGGCUCCAAAGGCGAAUGGCCUGAGCUAUUUCAUCAGGAGAAUAGGACUUUAUUCUUACGAAAAUAUAAUUUUUUGAAAAAUGCUAACUCUGAAAAUAGAUGGUCAUGCCCGGCAUGACAAGCAUGACCGCUAGCUACGCCACUGCCAAUCAGUGCCGCUUGCCUAUUGAAAAUGUUACCAAUGGAGUCCUGAGGUGAA